AAAGAGUGUGUGUGUGUGUGUGUGAAAGGAGAGAGAGAAAAAAGAAAAAGAGGACCAUGGGAGAGGAUGUCAUUUAUAGCAGAAUGUAUAGUGGCCAGGAGGGGUGGUGGAAUAGCAAUAUUCCAAGGACUAGCUGUUUCAACGGUUCUGCCGUGAUGUCGGCAUCGAUAUCAUGCUCGACGGAGUUCACCGACGUCAUGGGCGGCGGCUUCAACUGGGCGGCCUUGGCAGCCGACGUGCCGCUGUCGCAGUCGCAGUCGCAGUCGCAGUCCUCCUCCGGUGAGUCGCCCGGCUCGGCGGUCUCGAACAACUCCUUAUCUUCUUUCCAAGACACUUAUCAUGCGGCCACCGCGCAGAUGACGGAUCUGGCCGCAGUAUCCUCUCCUGCAGUUGAUUGGAAUCAAAAACCUCUAUUGAGUAGGGAAUCAGGGUACCAUGGCUUGUUUCAAGAAGGCAACAAGAGUAGUAGUUUGAGAGGAGAUGAUCUCCAGCUGCUUAAUCCCAAUCCCAAUCCCAAUCCCAAUCCCAAUCCCAAUCAGAAAAAUAACAUGUGCGAUGAGAACAUCUCAUCAUCAGUCUCAUUAUCACACAACAUCAAUCAAGGGCUCCCCCAAUACCAACACCACUACGAGUCCUUGUUAAGAAGCCUCCUGGAACCUGAGAUAUUGGAACCUUAUUACACACAGCCGCUCCCCGAGCCCUCACCUCCGAAGCAGCAGCCACUUCAAUUCUCUACUCACAUUAACACAUCCUCCGCGAUUCGGCCGGCUACGACUCCGAUCAGCAAGGAUCUUCGCCUUUCAUCGCCCCGUAAUGAUGUAGUAGUCUCACAUCAUGCUCUCAAGGAGAUCAACUUGAAUCGCAGCAACCGUGCCACGAAGUCAGUAUCGGAAGGAGCUGGCGGAUUGAGCCCAGACAUCGCUGCGCAGCAGCCUGCUCUCAAGAAGCCUAGAAUUGAGACACCGUCGCCGUUGCCGACUUUUAAGGUGAGGAAAGAGAAGAUGGGGGACAGAAUCACUGCUCUUCAGCAGCUGGUCUCGCCGUUCGGAAAGACCGACACAGCAUCAGUACUCACUGAAGCUAUAGAAUACAUCAAGUUUCUUCACGAUCAAGUCGGCGUCCUUACUGCUCCGUAUCUAAACAAUGGCAACCAGAUGCUGCACCUAAAGAGCCUGGAGAAAUUAAACGGUACACAAGGGCCAAAGAGAGACCUCGGAAGCCGAGGGCUAUGUCUGAUGCCAGUAUCGAGCACGCAUGCUGUCGCUAGCGAAAUACCUUUCGAUUUCUGGGCUCCUACGUUCGGAGGAACCUUUAAUUAACAGCGAAGAUUAUACGGUUUGAAGCGCUGAUCUACAAAAAACAUGGUGUAAAAAUAGCCAAAACUGUUCGUUCAAUCUAAUCUUUCAUAAAGAAUGAGAGAUUACAGUAGGGUAUGUAGUGAUAUAGGUAAAUUUUAAUAGGCCUUUUUCAGAGUUAGUGCUUGUUGAGGAGUAGCUAUAUAUGCACUUGUAGUAUUAAAAUUGCAAUAAAUAAUUUCUGUUGGAGUAGUAUAACAGAUUAAUUUAGAGUGUGGGGUUUGCUAGUUCCAGCAUUAUAUCUUCUCUCUUUUUUUUUAAUUUUUUUAUUUUUUUACUUUUUCCUUUUUCCUAAUGGCUGGUUGCGUAAUUGAAAACAAAGGAAUUUGAUGCUGAUUAUAGUGGAGGCCGGUUAUUUAAAA